AUGAUUGCUGUUGAUAAGGAUAAGGAUAAGGAUGUGUUGAUAAGGAUAAUGGUGCUAGCACUACUAGAUUUGUUGUUGUGCCUAACGUAUCUAUGGAUGUUCGCAUUCCCGAAAUUUGCCGUUACAUUCCGAUUGGCCUUCUUGUAUUGGAUUGUUUGGGAAACGAAUAUUUAUGUGUAUACACUCGGACGAAUGACGCAGAUGGCGAUACCAUACGUUAUCAUUGCGUCGACAGCUGAACGAUUGGCAUGGAUCACCGGUAAAGCUUCGAUGAGUAGUCAAGGAUACGGUCGUCUCGUAGUGGUUAUAUUAUUACUGACAUCAAUAUUCGUGUUACGUGUGCCCGCUCUAUGGGCCAUGCAAUUGACGACGAAUGCAGAGUGUGACCUCUUCGAGAGUAAAUUCUUAAGUCCGACUGAAUUCAUGAGCGAUGAACGCUUCAAAUUAUUCGAUAUCGUUGUCAAUUUUCUGCAUAUAAUCGCAUCGUUUUUGAUAUUGACAGUGCUAAACGCGAUAAUCGUUAUAAAAUUACGUGAGUAUCAUAAAGCCGCACGACGACAAUCUGCAUUGAUCAGUCCGAGUGUUUUGUUCGAGAGUCAUGAUAUGUGUACAGCACGAGAGGAGGAACGACGUGAACGUCAGCGAUUACGAAUCGCUAUCAAAACCACGGUUGUGAUAAUCAGUACCUAUCUGGCUUGUAAUAGUCUACAUUUUUGCUUAUUUAUUAUUGAGCAGUUCGAUCCAACAUGGCUUUUGGAUGAGACGGGUAACGCGUUCAAUUGGAUCUAUGUGAUGUUAGGUGAUUUCGUGAGUAUUUUAUUUGUGGUGUCAUCCACCAUACGAUUGUUCAUCUACUACAAGUAUAACGCUGAGAUACGUGAACAAAUUUUAAGCAUUCACGUCUUUCACACCACCAAACUCAUCAAAACCAACAACAAACACAUUGUGCAAUCGUCGAUUAGACUCGAAGAGACUUAA